AAUGAUUUCCCUAUAUUUCCCUCCACUUUUCGUUGCUUUCUACAUGCCUCUACUUAAUUUCUGUUCACUAAUAUAUAACAAGUGUGGUCAGUGUUUGGUGGAGAUGAAGAUAUACACCCAGAAAUUGUUUCAGCUCUGUUUUUGGCACCUUGGCUGAUUUUGGGGGUGCUUGGGGAUACUUGGUCUGUUAUUGCAUUCAUGAGAACGAUCAACCUUGAGUCGAAGCUGGGAACUGGUGCUUGUUAUGCGAUUGCUCUUGCAGUUGAACUCGUCAGUCUUUUUUCAUUCAUACCUUGGUGUUUCCCACAUGAGCUGCCUCGCCUGGGAUCUGCUCGGAAAAUCAUCCUGGAGAUGGUUGUUCUACAAGCUGCAAUGCUUGCUAAGCAUUUCCCUCAGCCUCAUCAAGACCAUUCUUUGGUGUAUCAGUUAUUGGUAGCACUGACGAUAUUGGUCUGCGUUCGAACAAAACACGGAUUCGUUUUCAUGGAUGUCUAUUUCGGAGAUGUCUUCUGGGCGAUCGUGGCGGAGAGUUUGAUUUAUUGGACACCGCUUUGGGGCUCGGUUCUCUUCUAUCUAUGUUUUGUAGGCUACAUAUUCUGGACUUCCGGCGAGAAUAAUGCAACCGGCUGUGACGGUCAAUCGUCUGCUGAUCAAGUACCUAUUCCUAAAGCAAUUGAAGAAAAUCUGGCAACACAAGAAGUCUCUUCAAAACAGGAGGAGGAGGAUGUUCAACUAGUGCAACAAAAGGAAUCCGAACAAAUUACCGUAACGAUAGUGACACCAAAUAGUUAGGCUAGCGACAAUUUAGAUUAUAUAGAAAGAUGAUUGACAUUAUAUUUAUUUUUCAUAAAAUAUUCUACUCUUUAGAUAUCUAUUGAUUUUAUUUAUACUUAUUACUUAUAUAAGGGGUCUUUUCUUAUUAACAUGGGGUCUCUUCGUGUAUUUCAUUGAUGCUAUAUUUUCUUCCCUUUUUGAGAUAUCUUAGUAACUGUGAUGGCCUAACAAGCCACGGUAUACCAGCUUGUGAUGUUUGAUGUUUACAACAAUACUAGCUUGGAACCGUGCUUUGCCACGGGUUGGUCAACUGUUGCGUUAUAGUAGUUUUACGUUCAGAUUUGAUUCUUUGUGGUGGUAUAAAUGUGAUGACGGUUGCUUAUUGUUGAUUCUUUAUUGAUACGUGUAUAUACCCGGUAAUUUCAUGUAUACUAUCGAAAAGUUUUUAUUAGUAAGUAGAAAAAACUUCUACUUUUGAAUUUUGAAUUGGAAUGAACACUGAAUCGGAAA